AUGGCUAGAAUCUACAGUCUCAACGACAACGAUAUUGUGCUUGGGUUGGUGGCCUUUUUGCUACCCCCUUUGCCAGUUCUGAUCCGUUCAGGAUUCGGCUCCAGAAAUUUUUGGAUUAACAUCUUACUGUGUUGUCUUUUCGGGUUUCCAGGUGUUUUCCAUUCAAUGUACAUUGUAUACACCACUAGUUCGGAACAUCCUUCUUAUGCUCGUGUCAACGGGGAUGAAGAUUUGGAAGCCCAAAUUCCACCAGCUAUCACAGAAGUGACAAAAACCCCUGAAACUGAAGAACCUUCUCUCCUCCAGGAGAGCCCCCCACUUUACAAUGAGGUGGCCGACCAUAACGCUGCUGUUCAAGCAGCGACUGAUAACAAGAUUCAGCACUAG